GUGUUCUAACCGCGCUGGAGUGGCUCGCGAGGGAAGGCGGAAAGGAUGCUUGAGGGUUUUCCCGCUGGUUGAAGGCCAGCCCCGCCUCCAUUUCCUCCUCUUCUUCUUGGAGUUCCGGCAAUUUUGGCGCCAAAUUGCAAACCCUCGCCUCAGACUGCAAGGAAAUGAAUGGCGGUGGCGCCUCAGAGGACAGCAAUCCCAAUGGGUAUAGCUGUGAGAUGACCUGUAAAAAACGUGAUGAUUAUUUGGAAUGGCCUGAAUAUUUUAUGGCUGUAGCUUUCCUCUCAGCUCAAAGAAGCAAGGAUCCACACUCUCAGGUUGGUGCUUGCAUUGUGAAUUCAGAAAACAAGAUUGUUGGGAUUGGUUACAAUGGCAUGCCUAACGGAUGCAGCGAUGACUCGCUCCCUUGGACAAGAACAGCCGAGAGUAAACUUGACACUAAAUAUCCCUAUGUAUGUCAUGCUGAACUGAAUGCCAUAAUGAACAAGAACUCAGCUGAUGUGAAAGGCUGCAGCAUGUAUGUUGCCUUGUUUCCUUGUAAUGAAUGUGCAAAGCUCAUCAUCCAGGCAGGUAUCAAAGAAGUUAUCUUUAUGUCUGACAAAUAUCAUGAUACUCCAGAGAUGACAGCUUCACGCCGCUUGUUUGAUUUAGCUAGAAUUACAUAUAGGAAAUUCAAACCAAAGUGCAAUAAGAUAGUCAUUGAUUUUGAUUCAAUUAACAGCAGACCAAGUCAAAAGCUUCUGACAGCUCAGACAACUUCAUUAACAUUCUAGUAUUGUUUAGUAGAUCUACAUAAAGCCUAGACUGUUUAAGACGUUGCAUUUCAAGCAGAAGGGUUAGUCAUCUAUAGAACAGACAAAAUAUUGUGUUGUGCGAAAUCCAACCUUGUAUAUUACACCUUGAUACUUUACCAGAUGUUCAUCCCUGUAAUUGCUUCUCCUGUUACAGUCUGGUACAUGAGCAUGUGUUCAAUUAUAUUUGAAAAAAAAUGUUUUGUAUUGAAUGUACUGUUAUAAUAGCUGUAAUUCCUUUCCCCCAAGAUAUCUUCCAUUUAGUAGAGGAUAAGUAAAUAAAUCAUUAGGCUUUCACCUUUGGGACCCUAUUUGAAGCUGAUUUUAAUUUCUAAGAGGAAACUCAUUCAUUGGCCUAAAUCUGUGCUAGACAAUCCAGCAUAUUACAGUGCUGGAACCAGCCUCUAAGGUAACAUAAUCACUUCUUUUUCUUUAAGGGAAAUUGGGGAGUUUCAGUCUGUGCUGAGGUUGUUCAUGCCAAAUGUCAUAAUUAGGGUUUUAGCUUGCUUUUAGUUAUUAAAAACUGGACCUGUGCCAUACAUUUCAGAAACUGUUCAAUUUGAAUUUGGGGGAAAAGUUAAAUAUUAUUAUAUACCUUAUUGUGUGUGUUCAGAAAAUAUUUCUCAUCCCAAAGAUGUUUGUGUUUAUUUUAAAUAUUGUGGUGCUUUUGUGAGAUUUUAUUUUCUAUGUUGAAAUUAUUUUGUAUAUUAGGACAUGUAAUUUGGCUUCCUACCAGCACUCUGAAGUCUUAUUAAAAUCCAACUUGGUUGAAGUUGACUCAUUAUUAUUAUUAUAUUACAUUGUGUAGUUGGCUCUAAAGGGCUGUCUUUUCUAUAAUUAUAUGGAAAGUCUUGUAUUUGUAAUACAAUUACAGAACAUAUAAUGAUAAAAAAUUCCCUUGCUUUUAAAGGCACAUCAUGUUAUAGUGACUGUCACAUAUGAUCUUUUAUAUGAUCUUUUUAUGCUCCAUCCCCAAGUAACUUCCCCAGCCACUUUUUCCUGCUAUAAUCAUAUCAAAACCUAUCAUUUUGGUCCCUAAACCUCCUCAUGAAGUCGACUUAUGUGUAUUUGUACUUGUGAAAACCCAAUAUCGAAGUAGUUUCAGAAAAGCAAUCUGUGUGACUUAAAAUAAACCAUGAUGAGAUGGUAAAAUGCAAAUAUGCUAUCAGUGAUCUCUCUAUUUAAGCUUCAAAUAAUGUAAUACUGUAAACAUCUGAGUUCCACCAGUUUAUUGUGCAAGUUGGAGUAAAUCAGUAUGGAACUUUCAUUAUCUUAAAAAAUAAUGUCUAUAGAUGGUUAUCUUGUUAGGGUAAGCUAUUCUUGUUUCACUUACUAAGUCAAGAUUAUCUAUCUAUACACAUAAUAAAAGUUAAAAAUGUUUGUAUAAGCUAGUAUGGGAAUAAAACAUAAUGUGAUUGUUUCAUCCGUCUGCAGUUAUGUGCAGUCAAGUCAGUUUUGAAUUCAUACAAUCCUAUGAAUGAAAAAUCUCUAAGAAACAUCUUUAUUAACAGCACUGUUCAGGUCUUGCAAACUCAAGGCCACAGCUUCCUUAAAUCAAGUAAGUUGACUAUACUGUAGUUUUUCUGCUGCCUUUAAUCUUCGCAUUUUAUGUGCAAACCCACUUUUGCAUCAAAUACUUUGGAUAAUAGCUCUGUUAAUAAAUAGGAGUUUUUAGAAGCACAAUAAUGGAUUGUCUCUGGCUUUCUGAGAAUUACAUUGUCUGUUCAGACCCACAGGCAGCGACUACUGCAUCAAGUACUAGUAGAAACUUUAAUAAAGAAUAUGGUUAAUCAAAACUUGUAGGAAUUAAAUGUCUGACUGCAGCAGCUUUUCCUUAAUGUUGCAUAUCUGGAAGAUAUCUGAAAUUGUGCUGUCCAGACACAGGUUUAACACUUCCCUGUUCUUGUUAAUAUGAGUGUGGUUUAAAUUGGUUGUCUGUGGACUGAAAUAUUUCAGACAGAGAGAGUCAUGCUAUAAGGCAUUACUUGAUAAUUGAGGUAUAAUGACACUAAAUCUAAGGGGAGUGUUGCUGGCUGUCAUGACUAAUAAGUAACAUGAAGGGCCAAACUACUGAGCAGAAUUGCUGUGUUUAAAGGAGAGACAUAUGAAGAAAUAAGAAAUUGAAUUGCAUUCUGUCACUUCUGGUUUAUCUUCAAAAAAGAUAUAAAUGGAGUGGUUGAUCAUCUGAAUCCUUAUAGGACUAAGGCAAUAUAUUUGUUGCCAUUUUAUUCCUCCCCUGUCAAAUGUGAAUAAUCAAAACCAGAAGAUUAGACAGAUGUUAGCAGGACUUGUAUGUCUAAAGAGUAGAGCAUGUACAAAACCAGAACUGAUUCAAGUGCUUCAUGCCUCUUUUGUCAGUGCCUUGUUAAUGUCUAUUGUGUUUGUUUUUUGUAAGUAUCAGGGUCACCCCAUAACCAAAAGAAAUAAUACAGUUGACCCCACAUUCACGGGUCUGAGAUGGAAAAAAUUGGGAAUUUACUGUAGUUGUGUGUGUUACAUAUAACAAAGCAAACAGCACCUCCAGAAUAACUUACUCAGCAUUCAUGAAGAGUAAAACAGAAAAAUGGAAAGAUGGCCUGCCCUGCCAGCUAUCCUGCCUUGUUGAAAAAAAGCAUUGCAAUAAGUUUUGCUCUUGUUUAUGUAUGCAAAGCCUACCUGACGUGCUUCAUUUCACAUGUGCACAUUGUUCGUUUUGAAUAAAAGUGUAUUAAAACAU